CCCCCACCCCCGCCACUUUCCCGAGCGCGCGCGCCGCGCUGUUGUGGCGCAAAAACCUGAGGCGAGGGAAGGUCGCCGCUCUGUCCCUUCGCCUCCCUCGCGGCUGUGGUGGUUGUGGCGGCCGCGGCGGCUCCAGGAGGAACCCCGCGAGCCCGGGCUAUGACCUGCCUCCCGAGCUACCUGAGCGGCGGCAGUCCCUCCGCCGCCCUCCGCGCCUUGCUCAAGCCUUCCCGGAGGCACCAGCCGCCUGCCCCGCCGCCGCCUCACAGCCACCUCGCCUUAGCGCCCAGCGCAGCCCGCCUGGCCGCGUCGGUGGCUUCAGCCGCCGCCGCCGCCUUCGCCGCGUCCGGGCUCCCCUCUCAGCCGUUAGCGCUGGCGGGGCGAGGGUUUUCGCCGCCUCCGUCCCCUCCGUCCGCCUCGCAGCGCUGCCUCAGCUCGGAUGCUUCCUCGGAGCUCCCUUCGCGGUCGGGAGGCGGCGGCGUCGGGUUCCGCCCGGCCCGGGUGGUGGUGGUGGCCAAGACGACCCGCUACGAGUUCGAGCAGCAGCGGUACCGGUACGCGGGGCUCUCCGAGGAGGACCUCAAGCAGCUGCUUGCAUUAAAAGGGUCUAAUUACAGUGGACUACUGGAGCGACAUCGGAUUCAUACAAAAAAUGUGGAGCAUGUAGUAGAUAGUUUAAGGAAUGAGAAGAUUGAGGUCCGACUUGUGAAGCGCAGAGAAUAUGAUGAAGAGACAGUUCGGUGGGCAGAUGCUGUUAUAGCAGCAGGAGGUGAUGGCACAAUGCUUUUGGCAGCCAGUAAGGUGUUGGACCAGUUAAAACCAGUUAUUGGAAUAAACACAGACCCAGACAGAUCUGAAGGCCAUUUGUGUUUACCUGUACGAUAUACACACUCAUUUCCAGAUGCCCUACAGAAACUUUAUCGUGGUGAGUUCAGAUGGCAGUGGCGGCAACGAAUCCGUUUAUAUCUUGAAGGGACUGGCAUUAACCCUGUCCCUGUUGACUUGCAUGAACAGCAGUUGAGUCAAGAACAGCACAGCAGGGCCCAUGUUAAUGGAAGAUUUCAGGAUCAAAGGUCUCAGAUAUCUGAACCACACCUCUUGCCAGUGAGAUCAUUAAAUGAAGUGUUUAUUGGAGAAUCUCUCUCAUCCAGGGUGAACUAUAAGUCCUGCAAACCCAGUUUUAAAUUCUCCCUUCAUAGGGCCUCUUACUAUGAAAUAUCAGUUGAUGGUGGUCCAUGGGAGAAACAAAAGAGCUCAGGUCUCAACAUAUGCACUGGAACAGGAUCAAAAGCCUGGUCUUUUAAUAUCAACAAGGUAGCAAAUCAGGCUGUGGAAGAAAUCCUUAAGAUUGCUAAAAGUUAUGAGAGCUUAAGGCUUCCAUUGAACAAGGAACUUGUACAGAAAGUAACAAAUGGAUAUAAUGAAUCACUACUGUAUAGUCCAGAGGAACCCAAGAUGUUUUUUAGUAUACGAGAACCUAUUUCAAACCGCGUUUUUUCAAGUAGUCGACAACGGGGUUUUGCUUCAAAAGUUUGCAUUCGCUCUCGUUGCUGGGAUGCCUGUAUGGUUGUAGAUGGAGGAACUUCAUUUGAAUUUAAUGAUGGAGCAAUAGCGUCAAUAUUGAUCAAUACAGAAGAUGCACUGCGUACUGUUUUGCUAGACGAAUGAAGACAAAGUUUGAACUACUCACAAUUCAAAGAAGGGAUGCUGCCUCAUUUCAGAUGUGAAACUUGCUCUUUCAUAUAGACAGACAUUGGGAAGCAACAAUUGAAACGGCUUUUCAUUCCUUUUGGAUGAGUAAUUCUUGGAAAACCAGUGUUUGUGAAGCCAGCAAAAUCGCGACUCUUCAAAAUCUUAAUGAAUCUGGCAGGAUACUUUAAAACCUAAGACAGGGCUUGGAACAAGUUGGUGUUAAUAAACUGUACAGUUCUGUAGUAGCUAUCUAGUACUGAUUCUGCAAAAUGCCUUGAUUCCCCCCUCCCCCAUAUGUAUUUCAUUGGUUUCUAAAAGCAAAUUAUGUUAAAAGUAAUUAAGCAAAAAGGUUAGGUCAGUUUUUGAAUUUAGCUACCCAAAAGUAACCCUUUUGUAUACACCCAAGAAUUUUACUUUUCUGAUUGGUCAUGUUUGAUUGUAAUGGUUUUCAUUGCUUUAGUUUUUCUACAGUUCAGUACCAUAAACCCAGCAUCUUGUGUCUAAGCUCCCCAAACUCACCAGUUUGAUGUUGUGCCUACUUUCUAUAUGAGGAACCUACGGCUUUCCAGAUGUUGCUGGACUGCAACUUCCAUCGGCCCUGGCUGGGACCAGCAACAUCUGGAGGGCCACAGGUUGUCCACCUGUUCAAUAGCAAGAAUAAAACUCACUUGAGAUUAUCCCCACUACCUGUUGAAAAUCUGGCUUGCCAACAGUUUCAGCUGUGUUUUGAAAAAUGUGUUAUGGUAGAUUUGUGAUAAAUUUCCUCACCAGAAAGCAUAUAGUAAUGAUUUUUGGCACUCGGUCUUGAACUUCCAUUUAUUUAAUUCAGCACUGUCAGGGUUCCUGAUUGGGCCUCUAAGUUAUGACCCAGGAGUAGACCGGAAGGGAGAAGUUCCUGUGGCCCAUGCUGAAGCCCCGUUUUUGCUGGGGGAAGAGCGUGAGCAAUGGCAUAGCCAAGUGAUGAGGCAAAUUACAAAGCCAAGUCAUGUCAGAAGGAUGCUUUUCUGCCAUCCCUUCCCGCACAAAUAAGUCCCCUGCUUACCAGGGCUAAUUGGUGAAAAUACAUACCAUUCCUUUUUUAAAUGCAGGUGUUUGUAAGACACUGAAUGCUUUAUGAAAUGGGUACAACGGGGGGAAAAACUCCACUUGUGCAGUGAGGAAAUACUUGGACGUUUUGAAAAGUACUCAUUUUUCAACGCAGCCUGUAUUCAGUGUUUUUUAAAGGUACAUGAUUGUGACCAAUUUGAGCCAAUUUCACAUUGCUGGAACUCAUGUUCUUUUGCUAUGUAGAUAAGGCAUUACAAACCAUAGAACUGUGACUUAGAGCUGACUACUCACCAUUGUUUCUUUGAACUAGCCAUAUGAUUAUCUGCAAACACGGUAUUCAGUAGUGUAUUGUGUAGUUUAUUGGUUGAUGCUACUAAACCCAUGCACAGUGCAGUUUUUUGAGAAUACUGCCCAAUGCAUUCACCGUUUACAUUUUAAAUAGUGGUAAUGAACCCUUGGCGUGAGUCAGGUAAAUGAUGAGGCCUGUUUAAAGUACACAAUAAGAAGUUCAAAUAACCUUAUGUCUUCAGAACAUAACAUCAAAAGUUAAAGUUCAGAAGCAGUUUUGAAAAGAUAGUGUAAGUCUAUUUUACAAGGCCACCUUUUAAGAAAAGAAAAAGUGAAGCCAUUAUACUAGCUCCUUAAACUGCACUGUGAAGAACUUAAUGGAGUCUUGAAAGCUCCCACUUAAAAUAUGUAUUGUACAAAAUUUCCCAUCAGUCGAAGUAUCCAGUGAACUGUAUUGGUACGGCUGGGGCUUUACAGGUUGUCUGGAAAUGUAGUGGGUCCACUGAAUUCAGUGGAACCUGCUUCCAAGUAAAUCAAAUUAAGAUGAGGAAUAGUAACCACAGAAUGUGAAAAGGUGCUGUAAUAAUUUGAAAUGGAGAAAGCUGUGAAAUUCAUCCACCGAGAUUGCAACUGUUUUAUGAACUUCUCGAUCUAAAUUUUUUAAAUGACUAAACUUGGAGCAUGAUCAACCCACACCAUGGGGCUAAUGCCUGUACUUGAAAAAUUCUGGUAAGUCUCACCAGAGCCUUCUCCUACAUAUGCACAUACCCCAUGUUUCCUGUGUUCUGUCCCACUGCCAAUACACAUAAAGUGAAGGGAUGGGGAAGCAGGGUUGUGUGGGGAUUCAGUACCCAUGAGGCAAAUAGAUCAUGGCUCUCAAAAUAAAAUACUCUAUUAUCUUCUACUGUGCCAAAGUGA